AUGGGUUUAAUUCAUAAGAAAUUAUUUAUUUUAUUCGCUCUAUCUAUUUAUAUUCUUUUAUGGAUGUUAGUUGGAUUUUUUAAACGAUCAAUUAAUUCACAAUAUUAUCAAAAUCAUAUUUUGAAUUCAAAUAUUUCUUUGGUUCUUGAAUAUAUAUCAAAAUUAAAUAUUAAUUUAUUAUUAAUUGAUCCAAUCGUACUUGAUUAUCUUUUUAUUCGUCGUUUAUCUUUACAAAAACGUUUAAUUACAUUUGGUAUUUCAAAUGAAUCAAUUCCAUUUCUUGAUCCAUUAUUUUCUAUACAAAACUUUUCUAUUACACUUUCAACAAAUAUAAAGAAAAAAUCUAUCGAUCAUAUAUUUAUUGAGUAUAAUCAACAGAUUAUUCAUUUAGCUAUUUUACACAAACAAAAUUCUUAUUUUCUUAUACAUAAAAAUACUGCACAAUUACCAAUAGACAUAAAACUUUCAUAUGGUGAUACACUUCGUAUUCUUGAACCUUUUGAAUCAGUAUUAAUCGAAAAUAAAUUUUCAUUUCCUCGAAAUGUUUCACAUUUUUUAUGGUUAUAUAAUACAUCAGAAUUUAUUGAAUGUAAUCAAAAUUUAGCAAAUCAUAUGGAAAAUAAAUAUAGUUUAUAUCAAAAUAAAAGUCAAUUAAAUUUAACUAUUUUACCAAUGAGAACAAUUGUCAAUGCAUUGAAUAAUCUUGAAAAACAUCAUUGGCUUGCCGGUGGAACUUUACUUGGUUGGUAUCGUCAUUGUGGUUUGAUACCAUAUACUCAAGAUAUGGAUUUUGGUCUUUUUGCUGAGGAAUAUGAUGACAGUAUACGAAAUUAUUUUCUUGGAAAUCCUACAAUUUAUCUCUGGGGAACAUUAGGACUUGUUAAUGAUUCUUUGGAAUUUCGUCUUUUCACGGGUUCUUAUACAUUUGAUCUGUUUUGGGCAUAUCGUGAAGGUAAUUAUCGAUGGUAUGGUUAUCAAAUAAAUCGAACUAAAUAUAAACGAAAAAUUCCAUUAAUUCGAAGACUUUGUUCAUGUGAUUUAUUUGGUUAUCGUUUUUCUGUUCCAUGUUCACCAAUAAAUUAUCUUAAUAAUGAAUAUGGAUAUGAAAAAUGGAAAAUUCCAUUAGAAAAAAAUUAUACAUGGAUUAAUGUCAAAUAUAAUUCUAUAUGGAAUGAUAUAUCAUGGAUGUAUGCAGUACGUUUAUAUACACGAGAAGGAAAAGUUCGUACAGAUAAAUAUGCUAUUGAUUGGAUUGCAAAUCAAUUUAAUUAUUCAUUAAAAACAAUUCCAACAUUUCUAAAUAUUUCAUCAAAUAAAUCAGUAACUUUUCUACCAGUUAAAAAUUAA